AAAAAAGAUUGACUUACCAUAUAUAUAUAAACCAUGCAGAAAAGAAAACCUAUUAAACCCCCAUGUUAUAGUAAUGUCACAUAAAAAAUCGCCCUCUUCAAUUCAACUCAAUGGCUUCUCAUUUCUCCCUACCAUUCCUCUCCUUCUUCCUCUUCGUCUCUCUAGUCUCUUCCUCCAUUUCUCAGUCUCCUUCGCCAUCUCCAAAUAUUCCGAUUGAAAUCCAAGGAGCUUGCAAAGCCUCACGCGACCCACCAACAUGCGAAGCCUCAAUAUUAACAGACCCGUCAAAUCUAACACCCGUUCAAAUCAUCCUUUCCGCGUUGGCCGUCUCUUCUCAAAACCUCACGAACGCUCAAUUAAUGGUGAAAAACCUCCUCGACACCUCCGCCGGCAACGUGAACCUCACCGUCGCCGCGAAAAAUUGUCUUCUCGGAUUCAACUAUUCGGCUUACAGGUACAAUUUAACGGCUGCCGCGUUUCCACGUGGCGAAAUCAAGGACGCUCGUGCAUGGAUGAGCGCUGCCUUAGGUUACCAAAUUGGCUGUUCGUCUAAUUUGCUCAAAGUAAAUGAAACAAUUCAAGUCGCUAAAACGUUAGAGGUAAUGAAUACGUCAAUUAAUUUCACUACAAAUGCGUUGUGGAUGACGGUGAGUUAUGAUAUUCACGGGAAUGAUACCGGGUUAUGGGGCCCACCCAAAACCGAGCGAGACGGUUUCUGGGAACCCGGGUCCGGUUCCGGGUUUGGUUUUAAAGGUGGUGUGCCGUCGGGUUUGAACCCGAAUGUGACGGUUUGUAAAGAGGGUGGUUGUGACUAUAAGAUGGUGCAAGAGGCGGUGAAUGCAACGCCGGAUAAUUUGGGACCCGGGAAGUUUGUAAUAUGGAUUAAAGCCGGGUUGUAUGAUGAGAUAGUUCGGGUCCCGUUGGGGAAGAGGAAUGUGGUUUUUUUGGGUGAUGGAAUGGGUAAAACCGUCAUUACGGGUUCGUUGAGUGUUGGUCUAAUGCCUGGAAUGACCACUUAUGAAUCUGCUACCGUUGGAGUAAGUGGAGAUGGAUUCAUGGCCAGUGGCCUAACAAUCCAAAACACAGCAGGUAUUGGUGCUGGACAAGCAGUAGCCUUUCGAUCAGAUAGCGAUCUUUCCAUAAUCCAAAACUGCGAGUUCCUCGGCAAUCAAGACACUCUCUACACCCAAUCCUUACGCCAAUACUACAAAUCCUGUCGCAUUCAAGGUAACGUAGACUUCAUUUUUGGUAACGCAGCUGCAAUUUUCCAGGACUGCAACAUUCUUGUCGCGCCCCGAUUACUCAAUCCAGAGAAGGGUGAGAAAAAUGCAGUAACAGCACACGGUAGACUAGACCCCGGACAAUCAACUGGAUAUGUGUUCCAAAAUUGUUCAAUUAAUGGAACUGAAGAGUACAUGACAUUGUACCAUAGUAAUCCUAAAGUGCACAAAACUUUUCUUGGAAGGCCAUGGAAAGAGUACUCGAGGACGGUAUUUAUAAAUUGUAAUUUGGAGGUUUUGAUUAAUUCUGAAGGAUGGAUGCCUUGGAAUGGCGAGUUUGCUUUGGCAACACUUUACUAUGGAGAGUUUAAUAAUAGUGGUGCUGGGGCUAAUAUAACAGGGCGAGUGACAUGGAGUAGUCAAAUUCCAGCUGAACAUGUUAAUUCUUACUCAGUUGAGAAUUUCAUUCAAGGUGAUAAGUGGAUACCUCCAUCUUCUUGUUAACAAAGAUAUCAAUUACUCUUCUCUAGAAAUUGGACAUGUAUACUAGAGAUUUAUCAAACUUAUUGAAUACCGAAAUUAUUUUUAGUAUGA